AUGACUUAUACAAACCACUUAAUUUGCUUAAACUAUAUUAGUCAAAAAAAAUUUAAAAACUUUAAAGAUAAACUUGCUAGCACAAAUGUAAAACGUGGAAUGGCUAUCACACAUAAUUAUAACUUUUCAAUUUUUUGA